AUGUCCCUGUCAUCUCGGACAAGCUCUGGUGCAGAGAGGACCCUCAACAUGCCACAUGCUCUCACGCUGCUGCUGGACAGUCCUGUGCUUAUUGUUGCCAUUUUGAUCUCGGGAAUUGGUGGAACGUUUCAGUACGGCUUCCAGAUCUCAUCCCUUAAUUCCCCAUCCACUUUUAUUAAAGAGUUGAUCAACGCCACAUGCCUCCAACACCACGGUCUCUCUCUGGAGCACUGGCAGCUGUCCCUCAUCUGGUCCUUCAUCGUCUCCACCUUCUGUAUCGGAGGUCUGCUGGGCUCUCUGUGUGCUGGGCGUCUGGCAGCCACAUACGGGAGGAAGAGAUGCCUUUUACUCAAUAACUUAGUGGCAGUGUGUGGAGCUGUGCUGAUGGUCCUGAGCAAAACUGCAAUGUCUUUUGAGAUGAUCCUGGUUGGUCGUUUCAUCUACGGCGUCAAUGCAGGUGUGGGUUCAGUUGUCCACACCAUGUAUCUGAUGGAGUGCGCCCCAAAGAGGCUGCGAGGGAUGGUGGGCGUGUCCGUCACCACUUUUCUUUCCUUUGGGAAGUUCUCUGGUCAGCUGCUUGGGAUCAGUGAACUGUUGGGGACUGAGGAGCGAUGGAUCUGGCUGUUGGCUUUCAGUGGUUUCACUGGUUUGCUGCAGCUGCUGACCCUGUCUUUUCUCCCAGAAUCACCCCGUUUUCUGCUGCUGGAACGUGGAGAUCAACAGGGCUGUGAGAAAGCCGUACGGAGACUGUGGGGCACGAGCAGGGAUCACAAGCAGGAGGUGGAGGAGAUGCUGGUGGAGCAUGCUGCCUUGAGGGGUGUGCGGAGUCGUGGUGUGAUUGAACUGCUGUCUGACCGCUCGGUGCGGUGGCAGCUCCUCACCACCCUCGUCUCCUUCACCACACUGCAGCUCUGUGGCAUUAACGCUGUGUACCUGUAUUCGUUUGACGUGUUUCGGGCUGCAGGUAUACCACCACAUCAGCUGCGUUAUGCCUCCUUGGGGACAGGCCUGUGUGAGGUCUCCACGUCCUUGGCCUGUGUGAUGGUGGUUGAGAAGACAGGAAAGAAAAUUCUCUUUGUCAGAGGCUAUUUGGGCAUGGCAGCGACUCUAGCUCUCCUGACUCUCACACUGUACCUGCAGAACUAUGUGUCCUGGAUGCCCUACUGCAGCAUGGUCCUCAUCUUCCUCUUCAUCUUCUUCUUCUCCAGUGGGCCAGCUGGAGGAACAGCGCCCCUCCCUGGAGAAAUCUUCCCACAGUCCCUGAAAGCAGCAGGAUUCACUAUAGCCUGGACGAUCAAUUGGGUUGGCCUGUUUCUUGUGGGCAUGGUCUUCCCCAUCAUUGUGGAGCAUUUGGACUAUUUCUGCUUCCUUAUAUUCCUGGUCUUUUGCCUCUUCACCGGGCUGUUUGUGUGGCGGAACGUACCGGAGACCAAGAACAGGACGGUCCUGGAGAUCACAGCAGAGUUUCAGAGAAUACACAACCCAGCUGCUCCCACAAUGGAUGCCAAGGCAGACCAGCUAGAGGCCAAUAAUAACCACCCCAGCCUUUCUACCAGACUAUGA